AUGGCCGGAAGCGCCGAGCUGGAAGCUACCUCAAGCUCGAUGAUAGAACCAGAGCUACCCAAACUUCCAGUCCUCGCAGAGAGUGGGGACGGAAAAGCUGCGGAGCAGGGCUCAUUUGUGAGCAGAUGGUCUCAAGCGCUCAAGGAGCUAAACAAUGAAGAGGAAGAGCAGUUUCAAAUCGACUUGAAGACCAUAGGGGACCGCCGGACUGUACUGGCCAACUUGCUCAACGCAGUUAAUAAGCGCAAGGAAGAGUGUCUGCGGAAGCGGUGGAAGAUAAGAAUCAAGGACCGGACGAUUAUCUUGCGAGACGUUUUCGAGAAGCUUUGUGUGUGGAUCGAAAGGAUGGUGAAAAUCGGCGAUACCGCAGUCCAGUAUGAUACCACUGGAGCAUCGCUUCCUUGGGCUGCCGUACGGCUGAUCCUACAGGUCAGUGUGAAUGACGUUCAAGUCUUCGGGCAAAUACUCGUGUCUGUCGAAAAGGUGGCCAACAUUAUGGCGCGCUGCGAGAUAUUUGAGAUAAUCUAUCUGCGCGAGAACCUGGAACGUAGUCAGGAGCUCCUUCGUCGACUCUCCGAUGCCAUCACAAACUUGUACGCCGCCAUCCUGCGGUAUCUGGCGCAAGUAAUGCAUUACUAUGGCUUUAACACUACGACGCGCGUUAUCAGGAGUGUUGCAGUUUUCAAGGGUGAUGUUGACGCCAAGUUUAGCCCGAUAGUGGAGGCAGAAGAGGAGUUCCAACGUUUAGCCCGUCUUGCAGAAGCCGAGGACUUGGGCAACACUCUGAGCGGAGUUGAAGACAUCAAACAACAACUCGCAGACCUGGAUGAUCGAACUGGAGCGAGGUUGGACUCUCUGCAAUCCAUCCUAACGGACCUCCAACAGCCUAUCAAGCGCAUCGAUAAUAGGCUUCAAAAGAUUCAGGAUCAGCUAGAGACAGACACUCGAGCGAAAAUGCUGAAGGCGAUAUCGACAAUGCCCUACGGCGUUCACCACAAGACGGCUAGGAAAGGUCGCCUUGAAGGAUCUGGGGGGUGGUUGUUAAAGAAGUCGUCCUACAGAGAUUGGCGGUCGAGCAGCUCGUCUUCGGUCCUCUGGCUACACGGUAUCCCGGGAUCCGGAAAGACCAAGCUAGCGUCCCUGGUCAUUGACGACAUCAGGGAACACGAGCACAUUGCUUACUUUUACUGCAUGAGGAAUCCAAGUGAGCCUCACCGGGCCCAGUGUGACAAGAUCCUAGGCAGUUUAGUUCGCCAACUCGCAAGUGUCAGCCCGGGUAUGCCUAUCCUUCCGCCGGUUAUGGCUUUCUAUGAGCAGGCAAUCGCCGGCUUUGGUAAUUUUGAGGACCAGGUGUGGACUAUGGACGAGUGCACCGAUGUUCUCUUAGAGCUUCUGGAAGAAUACCCUGCGGUGACCAUAGUACUCGACGCGCUCGACGAAGUCAACCACGACGAUCGACAGGAACUCCUCGACGCACUCACCCGUAUCCUUCAGGAAUCGCCUUGCCUUCUUAAACUGUUCAUCUCAAGCCGAAGCAACUACGACAUAGCGCUUUACCUAAAGGGAUCGCCGAAUAUCUAUAUCGAAGCAGAGGAUAACGCAGAGGACAUCGAGGCCUUUAUAGCUAAGCAAUUGACCGCUGCAAAGAUCCUCCAUGGGAAGCUUGGGCCCGAUCUACGAGAGGAAAUCACCAAUGCCUUGAAGACUGGCGCCCGCGGAAUGUUUCGAUGGGUUGAUCUUCAGAUCCAGUCGCUACGACAUCUUAAAGUAGCUGCGGAUGUGAGGGCUCGCCUCGGGGCUCUUCCAGUUACACUUGAGAGUUCAUAUUGGGAAAUUUUCCAACAAAUAAAGGACUCCGGAGAACACGCCUUUAAGCUUGCCACGCUUACGUUCCAGUGGUUACUAUAUGCCAGACGCCGGAUCUCGAUCGAGGGGUUUUCCGUCCUGGCCUCGGUUGCACUAGCACCAGAGUCUAGUGACCCCUUUACAACCGAGGAAAUCUUGGACGUAUGUGCGAACUUGGUCGUGGAUCGGUCUACUGUGCUUGAAUUCGCUCAUUUGUCCGUCCGAGAGUUUUUUGAACGAUUGGAGAACCGCGGGGUUGACUCCUACCUUGCUGCACAAGGCCACAGCGCUAUCGCCCAGGCCUGCGUGCUAUAUUUUCACUUGGCUCUGAAAGAGGAUAAGGGUUAUGAAUUGAAGGACGAGGUCCUAGCCUAUUAUGAUCGCCAAGUUUCAUCGAAAUCCGUGGAAGACGACAGGGAAGGAGAUGAGGACGAUACUAUAAAGGGAGGCGAAGAUUUAUCGCAAUUCUCAGUUGACGUUGAGGAAGAGGACAAUGCCCCAACAGAUGAUAUUAGUGCGGCUAGCGAAGUAGCAAGGAUCUGGGGAAGAAGAGAAAUCGUCCUAGAAAUGAGAGAGGGCCGUGACGGGCUCUUCGCAGUUCUCUCCUCCGAUAUUCAACCAGGUGUUCCAAGCGUUUACGCAGCAUGCGAACUCGUAUACCAUAUCAACGAGGCAGGGGAGUCCAGAAAGACCAGCCCCCUGGCGGAUCUCCUCAAAUCGUUUAUGCUGGAGAAAGCCGACCCAGGUAACGGCCUGUAUAAGGUCGCACGGCCUUUCCAUGCCUGGUGUGCGAUUUUACAACUGGACGGACAGUGGAGUAUUGAGCGCGAGGGACAUCUCGAUCGGGCAUCCAUAGCCCCGGCCAGCCCCAUUUGGCUUUCGUGCUACUUCAACUGGUUGGAACUAGUUGAAUAUCUAUACACACACCCUUACCCGGGCAUCAAUGGAGGAAGAGAGAUGCCGUAUCUGGGCGGCUGGAAGCAGCCGAAUCUCUGGGAGCAACCGAGCAAAUUCAGCCCGACCGGGUAUGCGAUAAUGACCAAGAACCACGAGCUGAUAAAUCUGCUCUCAUAUCUCGAGGCCGAUUCAUCUUGGGCAUCCAUAGCCGGAACGAGUUUUGAGCCUUUGGUGUUAGCGGCGAGAUGGAACGACACGGAACUUAUAUCGCUUUUGGCGCAACGGGACUACGGAGGCCAGAAAGUGGCGCAGAGAGCUUUUUGGGCCGCCUCCAAAGAGGGGCAUUGCGGCCCAAUGAAGUUGCUAUUGGAUCUUGGUCUCAUUACCGUCGAUGUUGUGGAAGCCAGCGACCUCGUCACACCCUGUGCCGAAGGGCACGCUGAUGUCGUCUCCCUCCUCCUGGAAAGAGGCCUUGUCGUCGAGAACGGCGAUGCCAUGCUCUACAGGGCCGCCUUGAACCAGCACGCCAACGUCGUCGAUGUUCUGUUGCAGAAUAAAGUCGGCCUCCGCGGCGCCACCAAUGCUCUGGAAAUUGCCAUUUCGCAGGGAGACAGUAAAUCUGCUGAACUCUUGAUUGGCGCAGGGGCGCGGAAGGAUGGCGCGGCAGUAAUACGGGCCAUCCGAAGCGACACGCCAAGGGCGGCCCUGCGGCUCAUUGAGGCAGGAUUCGAUAUCAAGGGCAGGCACCUCGAAGGACGCCGAACGGCUCUACAUUUUGCGGUCGAGAAAGGACAGCUCGGGGUGGUGAAGGCGCUGCUAGACGGCGCGGCGGACGUAAACGCUCGCGAUCGUCAUGGGAGCACGCCGCUUCACGUUGCGGCUACAAGGGGCCAUGGUGACUGUGCUCGUCUUUUGCUCUCUCGCGGAGCAGACACGUUGGCUCAGGAUGGCCAGGGACGAAUCCCAUUGGACGUGGCGGAAGAUCAAAACCAGACUGCCAUGGAAGCGGUCAUUAGACAAGACAUGGAGGAGAUGAUGGCUAGAUUACAGGCGGUAAAGGGGAGCGACAAUGGCUCAAGGGUGGAGAAUUAG